AUGUACACCCGCAUCCCACCACAGCUGCAGUCCUCAAGGGCAGGCCCUAAUACACGCUGUCAGAAAUGCCUCCAAUUCGGCCACUUCUCCUACAACUGUAAAGCAGCCGCAGCGACCUACGUCGCCCGCCCCUCGCGCACAAAACAGCUCGCGGACGCAAGCGAUAUCGUCCGGUCCGGGGGCGGCGGGGGCAUGUUUGGACGAGGCAAAGAUAGAGAUCAGCCGAGCGUGGAGGUCCCUGAUGAGUUCAAGAAGGGGCCGGCGGGCGUGGGGCUGGCGGAUGAGAUAUUGAGGGCAAAGGAGGAGGCGAGGCGGCGGUUAGGCGUGGAGGAUAAGAAGGGGAAGAAGGGGAAGGGGAAGGAGGUCAAGAAGAGUAAGAAGAGCAGGAAGAGGAGCCCAUCACCCUCGUCCGACUCGGACUCUGAUUCAAGGUCUGACUCGUCUGAUUCGAGCUCUUCCUCUCGGUCCCGCUCACCUCCUCGGCGCGCAGCGCUCACCCAGCCCAGAGAGACGGAGAAGGCGGAGCAGCAGUAA